AUGAAGAGAGGAGCACUUGACAAUUUUUUUAAACCUAAACCAAAAAAACCAUUUACUGGUGCGCUUUUAAAUCAACAUGAAAGUCAAGAACAUAAUCAACCAGUGUGCAGCACUUCAAUAAUUGAUGCAUCAAAUGUUGUGAAAAAAUGGGAAUGGUUGGCGUAUUCUAAAGAAAUAGAUGGCGCCUUUUGUAAAUACUGUGUGUUGUUUGGUAAAGAUUAUGUUGGCAAAGGUUCUAAUCAAAAAGUUGGAUCUUUAAUUAGCAAACCAUUCAUAAAAUGGAAAGAUUCAAUCGAAAAAUUUACAUCACAUUCAAAUACCGAUUAUCAUCGAUUUUGUACCUUAACUGCAGAUAAUUUUCGUAAAGUAGAUACAGGAGAAAUGUGUGAUGUUGCUACACAGUUGAAUUCAUAUAGACAGCAACAAUGUGAAGAAAAUAGAGCGGCAUUAAUUCCAAUAAUAGAAACAAUUAUUUUUUGUGGUGAACAAGAACUUUCUCUAAGAGGUAAUGAUGACAGUGGACUAUUAAAUUUGUCAAAACCACCAAAAAAAGACGGUAAAUUUCGUGCUUUACUUCGUUUUCGAGCAAAUUUUGGCGAUGAAAAUUUAAAAAAUCAUUUAAUAAAUAGUAAUAAAAACUCUACUUAUCUAAGCCCAUCUAUUCAAAAUGAAAUAAUAGACAUUUGUGGCCAACUUAUUCGAAAAAAUAUUGUAACUAAAAUAAAUGAAGCCGGUUGCUUUUCAAUUCUUUGUGACGAAACUUUAGAUGUAUCUGGUACUGAGCAACUAUCUAUGUGUGUCCGUUAUGUAGAUCAAAAUAAUCAGCUCCGUGAAGACUUUUUAUGUUUUUUACCAGUAUAUGAUCUCACUGGAGAAAAUUUAACUCGAAUAAUUUUAGAAGAAUGUGAAAAAUUGGGUUUGGAUUUAAAUAAACUUAUCGGGCAAGGCUAUGAUGGUGCAGGCAACAUGAGUGGACAGUUUAAUGGUGUACAAUCAAGAAUACGACAAUUAUAUCCAAAAGCUGUCUUUGUUCAUUGUGCAUCGCAUCGAUUAAAUCUUGCUUUAUCUUCGGCUUUAUCUACAAAAAAUGUUAGAAAUUGCCUUGGUGUGAUGAAAGAUAUUAUUAAUUUAUUCAGGAAUAAUGCUUUAGCGGGAGAAACUCUUAAAAGUUAUAUUUUAGAACUUAUUCCAGAAACAAAAAAAACACGUUUAGUCGGCUUAUGUGAAACACGUUUUAUUGAACUACACGAAGCAGUUAAUGUUUUUGUAGAACUUUUUGAACCGAUUAUAGUUAGUUUGCAAAAUAUUCAAGAGACAGAUCGUGCAAUUUCAGCAAAGGCUUGUUCACUUUUGGCAGCUGUAGAAAAAAGUUGUUUUAUAAUUUCAUUACUUGUCUGUGAAAAUCUUUUAAGUUUCACUCUACCAUUGUCACAUUAUUUGCAAAGCCCUAAACGUGACCUUUCAUCUGCUGUUGAUUAUGCUAAACAUAUUAUAAAGAAGCUGAAACAUGUGAGACAAAAUCCAAAUGAAUCGUUUACACAAAUAUUUCAAGAGGCUAGGAAAUUAUCUAAAAUGUAUUUUGAUACUGAAAUUAAAAUUCUGCGUACUACGAAUAAACAAAAUUAUAGGGACAAUUAUUCAUGCUUGAACGGAAACCAAUGGCGAGAGCUAAAAAGUUGGUAUGGCUAUCGACAAAGGAUAAGUGCAAUCAACGAAUAUUUCGCCCGGUCAGGUGCCUAUCCCAUUGUGUCCCGUGCGGUCGAUGAUUAUUUACAAACUGCACUCCGUACGGCUUACGACGCCUGGAUGUUUUUCAUGUUUAAUACAGCUAAAGAAUUUAUGCUUUAA